UGUCGUUAGGAGAAAAUGGGAUGAAGAUGAUUUUGCAAAGAGAAUUGGAGAGAAAGCUCUUAGACAGCUCAAAAGCUCUUACUCUCUGUUUUGGUUUGGAUGUAUUUCGAUGUAAAAUUCUAGAACAUGUUCCGAAUAUAGAAAAACUUGAGGUGCGUUAUUGUUCCUUCAAGAAGAUGUUCUGUUGUGAAAGUCCUACUAAUGUGCUACAGCAGCUGAAAGUAUUACGGUUGGAGUCCCUUAAAGAGCUGGUUUCCAUUGGGUUAGAGAACUCUUGGACUGAAUCCUUUGUCGGAAACAUAGAAACCUUUGAAGUCAUUAAUUGUAGGAGUUUAAAAAACUUGGUAGCAUGCACAGUGUCUUUCUCCAAUCUGACGUGUUUGAAAGUAAAGGGUUGUUAUAGAUUAUCGUAUUUGUUGACAUCCUCAACAGCGAAGCGUUUGGAUAAACUCAAAAGAAUGGAGAUAACCGGUUGUGAUUCAAUUGAAGAGAUAGUGUGUAAGGAAGAUGGAGAGGAAUCAGAUGAUGAGGAUGAGAUAAUAUUUCCGCAGCUCACUUGUUUGAAUCUUCAUAGCUUAAGGAAGCUCAAAAGGUUCUACAAAGGGAGUUUAGGUUUCCCAUCCUUGGAGGAACUGUCAGUAGAAGAUUGCGAUGAGAUGAUAACUUUAUGUGUGGGUACUAUAGUGGGAGGCAAGAUGUGUCAAGUUAAAGUUGGUGAGUUCUCAGAUGCUAUUCAAUUAGAAACCGAGCUCAACUCUACUAUGAGG